AUGGGAAAGCGGCGCAAACUUUCCGACCUUACUGACCAGGAGACCGCAACUGUGGUAAACCUCCUGAAGAGGUUCCAGCUUGAGCUCGAUGAGGACGAUGAAGAUGGUCAAGAGGUUGUCCACGCCUUACAGACAGUGGUGAGGAAGUUUAGCGAACUGAAACAUGUUCCCUUUUCCGAUGCCACUGUAUUGACCCUCACUCAAGCGAAUAUUAAAGUUGAAGUAUUAGAGUGGAACAGCGAUGGGAGGAGUCAAGCGCAGCACCUCGGUGGCAAGACAGCGCCAAAUGCGUUGUCCCUCGACGAAACCACGAAGCAGAUUGGAUACAUCCGAAAACAUAUUGCGUUCGAGACUGAAGCUGGCUGCCGAAUCUUGAUUAACGCUGUCAUGCUGCAUGCCGUUACGAACCUUGACACGUCGGCUACUGGUGUCGCCAUCGCCCCCGAGUUCCGUAUUCCCUACACGGCAUUGGAUUCUGGGGGAUCAUCUUAUGCAGGAGCUGUCGAUUAUUUGAUGGCUCUUGGAAAACCUUCAGUCAGAGAUGCCAUUGUGCUAUCCCCCCAGUUGGCCUUCACCGACGCCAAAAUCCACCGAUUGCUGACCUGCAGCAUUUACGAAGCAAAGCCUGAAAAAGUCCUCCCUGCUUUGCCCCAAGUUGUUAUGGAAGCGGUCAUCCAGUCCCAACGAUUCGAGUUUACAACCUUCCGAGGUUGCGUCACAACUGGUGAAGAAUGGCUCUUUUUUAUUUACAACAAGAACCAAGAUGGCCCCGGGGGUAGCGCAUCUUAUCUGCCCCCAAUCCGCCUGGAGCAUGACCUCAGCGGAUUACCUUUGAUUCUUGGUUUGCUAUACGACUGGAUUGAGAACGGGCAGCAAAAGACCCUUAAACUCUGUAAGUAUCCCAACUAG